CGCCACAUGAAAUCUAUAAAGAGUCAAGGCACAGCUUCCCCAACUUUCACCCAUCUAUGCUCUCCGCAACCUACUUUAUCUCUGAACAAUUAAUUCGAUCUCGAACUUCUCCGACGUUGUUUUGGGCGGAGGAUGAAUCGGGUUUUGUGGAUUCCGCUGUUGAUUUUGGGUUUGAUGGCAUUAUCUCAGUGCCACGCUCAAAACUGUUCGGGUCACGUCUUCUCCAACAACGCCAAAUUCGCCGCCUGCAUCCGUCUUCCCGUCCUCAACUCCUUCCUCCACUGGACCUACCACCGCAGCAACCACACCGCCGACAUCGCCUUCCGCCAGACCAACGUCACGGCCUCCUCCUGGGUGGCGUGGGCACUCAAUCUCGCCGGAAAGGGGAUGGUCGGCUCGCAGUGCCUGGUGGCCGUUCCUGACGCCCGCGGCGGCGGCUUCCGCGCCUACACUUCCCCUGUCUCCAGCUACGGCACACGGCUUGCGCAGGGCACUCUGAGCUUCCCGGUUCCGAACAUCUCAGCGGAGUUCGCCGACCAACAGGUCGUGAUAUUCGCCACCCUCGUCCUCCCCGCCAACAUGACCCGUUUCACCACGGUCUGGCAAAACGGGCCAAUGCACGGCGCCACUCCCGGGAUGCACCCUACGACCGGACCCAACAUGCUAUCCAUUCAGACAGUCGAUUUCGCCACAGGCCAGACCAUUACCUCCGGUGAUAAUGGAAACGUAGUCACGUCUGUUAUGCGGAGAAGAAACAUUCAUGGUGUGUUGAACGCCAUCAGCUGGGGCCUGCUGAUGCCCUUAGGGGCGGUGAUUGCGAGGUACGUGAAGGUAGUCCCAUCGGCCGACCCGGCCUGGUUCUAUCUACACGGUGGCUGCCAACUCUCCGGGUACGUGAUAGGCGUCGCCGGUUGGGGCACGGGGAUGAAGCUGGGGUCAGAAUCCAAGGGAAUCAGCUACAAGACCCACAGAUGCAUCGGCAUCACGCUCUUCUGCCUGGCCACUCUUCAGAUAACCGCGUUGUUCAUGAGGCCGAAUAAGGAUCACAAAUAUCGGCCGCAUUGGAAGUGGUUCCACACCAUAGUCGGGUACACGACGAUUGCGCUGAGCAUCACCAACGUGUACAAGGGAUUUGAUGCAUUGGGGAGGGAGGAUAACAAUUGGAAGAAGGCGUACACUGGGGUUAUCAUUGCCUUGGGGAUUGUGGCUGUCAUCUUGGAAGCCAUAACAUGGCCCGUUGUGAUCAAGAGGAAGAAGAGGGAGAACGAGAAUAAACCCGAAGACACCGGCUAUGAAGGCAACGGACAACAUACUAGCACAGUAGUGUAGCUACAUUUAUAAUACUGAUCUGACUCAAACGGUUUUGUUUUAUUUGUUUAAUUAUGAUGUCAAAUUUUAAUUAUAUUCUAAUUUCAAGUUUGCAAUUUUGAAUAGAUUUUAAUAUAGUUUCUGAAUAUGUAAAUUUUAAUUAUUAAAAAUUGAGUUAAUUAUCGAUUGACAGAAUUCACUGUUAUUA